GAAGUUCCCAUGAUGCGUAUGUCAUUAGACAAUCAGGGAUAUGGCACAGAUUAAGAUCAAGUCAACGAGCAGACAUGUGGUUAUUGGGAGACCGUGGAUAUCCUUGCACCCCCUGGCUCAUGACUCCUUACCGUAAUCCCAGGCCAGGACCACAGACGGCAUUUAACUCCGCGCUUACUGCCACUAGGCAGCUGGUGGAGCGCACAAUUGGGGUCCUUAAAGGGCGGUUUCGUGUGCUCCACCGCACUGGUGGCGACAUCAUGUAUUCGCCGGAGAUGGCAAGUAAACUAGUGGUUCUGUGCGCAAUACUACACAAUAUCGCGGUAAGGAGUAGCGUAGAGCUUCCUCAGACAGAGGAAUUGCCUGAUGAGGAGCCAGGGGUUGUUCGACACUUCGGUGGGGGGAGUGUUACACGGAGGGGGAGCCAAGUCAGGGCAAGCAUUGUUGCUGAAUAUUUCAGGUAUAGUGUUUUUAUAUUAUCUUUUUUUAUCCAAAUUAAAAUCACAGUAUGCUUAUGUAUUAUUUGUAAUGUUGACAUUUUGUUUGAUAUUGUAAGGUCAUUGUGUAAUGCUUUUGGUGUGUUGGAAUGUGUAUUUUUUUUGAUACUAAAAAUCCGUUAACACGUUAAGCUUUCAAUUUUAGAUUUGAAAUGUAAAAAAUGUGAUGAUGCUAAAUAGUGUCCUUAUUUGUUUUAUAUCCUAAAAUCCUGAUUAUUUAAACAAACACACAAACAAAUGAAAUUGAAUGUUGCCCACUUUGUGACUGUCCAGCUGAAUGAUCACACAAACUGUGGACGAGAACAACGGCAGACCUCUCAGCCCCCUUCCCCUUCCCAGUCCCCCUCCCCUUCUCACUCCCCCUCCCCUUCUCACUCCCCCUCCCCUUCUCAGUCCCCCUCCCCUUCUCAGUCCUCCUCAGCUUCGCAGUCCCCCUCAGCUACCCAGUCCCCCUCAGCUUCCCAGUCCCCCUCAGCUUCCCAGUCCCCCUCAGCUUCCCAGGCCCACUCCACUUUCCACUCCCCUUCUCACACCACCUCUCUAUCUCUUUCUGUGACCCCUUCUCCUCCUUCCCAUACCCCUUCUCCUUCAACUUCAAACUCACCUUCUCAGCCCCCCUCACCCUCUAUUGGCUUAACUUUCUCUCCGCCCCCCUCGCCCUCUCAAUCAGACCCACCCUCUGAAAUUACAUCCCCAAUCCAGCCUCCUUCCCCCAUCCAGCCUCCUUCCCCCAUCCCUCCUCCUUCCCCAAUCCCUCCUCCUUCCCCAAUCCCUCCUCCUUCCCCCAUCCAGCCGCCUUCCCCACCCAGUGAGUGGGCAGAAGAAGCACCUGCUGAAUUAACUGUCAACCAUCAUGUUGCAGAGGAAAAUGUUGCCGUUGGAGAUCCCACAUCUUUUGCGGACAUUAUUGCCAACAUGAGGAUACAUCUCCAGGCCUUGCUGGGUCUUGUUGACCAAAUGCAAAAGUUGUUUUAAUUUUUGUUUAAAAAAAAAAAAUAUGUUUAUAUUAUAAAGAAACAAAAAAAUAAAAAUAAAAUAAAAUUUGUUUUCAAGUUAA